CGAACGGCAGCGUGCUUAUACGUAGCAAUCACCACCAGCAAUAAAGACAGCUGCGACGGUACUCUGACUGUUCCUAAGUCCUGACUGGCAGCUUUUGCGUUCUGGAUAGCAGCAUUUCAUCUAUACAUGUCUAAAGAAUUACCGGCAGUCAAAAAGACAGCAAGACACGGAGUACUUUGCCAAAUUUAUAGCGCGAGACGGACCUUCUACGUUGCGCAGUUUCGGGUGGAUAUCGUCAUUAGCAUGUUGUUACCAUAUCAGCGCACUCAUGGGAUAUAAUGUUGCUGCAAAGCGCGGCGUGUGUCACGCCGCUGCUCCUCGCGCUCGCGGUUCUCUUGGCGCGGGGCGAGGACGAAAUCGCUUUUGAGCUUUGUGCGGCGCGAGGACUCCUGGUGACCGAAUCUGGCAGCUGCCGCUCGGUGAAACCGCUGCUGGAGGGUUGCUUGGUUUUGGCCGCCGUCAACGCCACGGGCGUCCUUCGAGUCAUCUCGCCCGAUGUGCCGUUUGCGCAGCAGCUGGUGUCGGGCGCAAAGGCCUUCACACGCGACGCACGGCUGCCCGACAUACAGUGAGUCGUGGGCGCACCCGCCGCCGCGUGUUCAGCCGAGUGUCGGGCCGAGUGUGGGGCCGAGGCAGGCAGUGGCUGGAGCCCCCUUGGCCCUGUGUUUUGAUGCUACAUAAGCACUCCCGGAG